AGCCAUAGCUGACUUGACGGUGCUCGGAGUUGACAGCGGAGGUGCCCAGUGGCAGCCACAGACUGGGAAAAGCCCUCACUCACAAGCACUCAACAAGUCUACAGCGUGUCUCUCUGCUGGUUCCCGACCCAACCCCUAGCAAGACACGACACUCGGAAAACAGCGACAGCGGAGCUUGUUUGCGUUCAACAUGGCCGAUACAAAUUUGAACGACUCGUUCAUCGCGGUCGUGGCGAAGAGGUUUGAUCGCAGAGGCGCCCUGAGGCAGAAAAACGUCCACGAAGUGAAUAACCACAAGUUUACAGCCAGGUUUUUCAAACAGCCGACUUUCUGCAGCCACUGCACGGACUUCAUCUGGGGCUUUGGAAAACAAGGAUUUCAGUGCCAAGUGUGCUGUUUUGUGGUCCACAUGAGGUGCCAUGAAUUUGUCACAUUCUCCUGCCCAGGAGCUGAUAAGGGGCCAGACACAGAUGAUCCCAGAACAAAGCAUAAAUUCAAGAUCCACACGUUUGGGAGCCCGACCUUCUGUGACCACUGUGGCUCUCUGCUGUACGGCCUUAUCCACCAGGGCAUGAAGUGUGAUACAUGUGAUAUGAACGUCCACAAUCAGUGCGUCAUGAAUGUGCCCAACCUUUGCGGGACCGACUACACGGAAAGGAGGGGGCGCCUUUUCCUCAAGUGUGAAGUCAACGGCGAGAAGCUUCAGGUCACGGUUGGUGAAGGCAGGAACUUGAUACCCAUGGACCCCAAUGGCCUGUCUGAUCCAUAUGUCAAGCUCAAGCUCAUACCUGACCCCAAAAACAAGACCAAGCAGAAGACCAAAACCAUCCGCUCCAACCUGAACCCCAAAUGGGACGAGACUUUUAUUUUCAAACUGGAACCCACAGACAAGGACCGCAGGCUAUCCGUGGAGGUGUGGGACUGGGAUCGGACAACCAGGAAUGACUUCAUGGGCGCCCUUUCGUUUGGGGUGUCGGAGCUCAUGAAGGCUCCGGCGAGUGGCUGGUUUAAGUUGUUGUGCCAGGAGGAGGGAGAGUAUUACAACGUUCCCAUCUCGGAAGAGGAUGACGGGAAUGAAGAACUGAGACGGAAAUUUGAGAAAGCCAAGCUGGGUCCAGGCAAGAAGGCCACCACAGAGACAGAUGGCAGGCCAUCCAGCCAACUGCCGUUCAGCAGCUUGAACCAGGUCAAACUCAGUGACUUCACCUUCUUGACUGUACUUGGGAAAGGCAGUUUUGGCAAGGUCAUGCUGGCAGAGAUGAAGGCCACUGAAGAGCUGUAUGCAAUAAAGAUCCUGAAAAAGGAUGUGGUGAUUCAGGAUGAUGACGUUGAAUGUACCAUGGUGGAGAAGAGAGUCCUUGCCCAGCAGGACAAACCGCCUUUCCUCACGCAGCUACACUCGUGCUUCCAGACCGUGGAUCGUCUGUACUUUGUCAUGGAGUACGUGAAUGGAGGCGACCUCAUGUAUCACAUUCAACAAGUGGGCAAGUUCAAAGAACCGCAAGCAGUGUUCUAUGCAGCAGAGAUUGCUGUUGGUCUCUUCUUCCUUCACCGCAAAGGAGUCAUCUAUAGAGAUCUUAAGCUGGACAACGUGAUGCUCGACAGUGAGGGACACAUUAAGAUUGCUGACUUUGGCAUGUGUAAAGAGAACAUGUCAGAUGGAGUGACCACUCGCACCUUCUGUGGCACUCCAGACUACAUCGCCCCUGAGAUUAUUGCAUAUCAGCCAUAUGGACGCUCUGUCGACUGGUGGGCAUAUGGAGUGCUUCUAUAUGAAAUGCUAGCUGGACAGCCUCCUUUUGAUGGAGAGGACGAAGACGAAUUGUUCCAGUCCAUUAUGGAGCACAAUGUGUCCUACCCAAAGUCCUUGUCCAAAGAGGCUGUUUCCAUCUGCAAAGGGCUCAUGACUAAGCAUCCAUCCAAGCGUCUGGGCUGUGGCCUUGAAGGAGAGCGGGAUGUCAGAGAACAUGCCUUCUUCAGACGUAUUGACUGGGAACGUCUUGAGAGCAAGGAGAUACAGCCGCCUUUCAAGCCCAAAAUGUGUGGCAAAGGAGCUGAGAACUUCGAUAAGUUCUUCACGCGCACGCAGCCUCAGCUCACACCUCCUGACGAGCUGGUGAUCGCAAACAUCGACCAGGCCGAGUUUGCGGGCUUCUCCUUCAUAAACCCUCAGUUUGUACACCCGUCUCUCAACAACAGCGCCUGAGAAGGAUGGCCAAAUGUCUCAUCUGCUCUGUACUCAUCCGGCAAGGAUCUCCUUCUCCUCACUGCCAUCCACUAAUACAAAGCAACAACCUAACAUGCGACCACCACUUGACAUUACAAAACUCGAUGUAUCGUUUCUAAUCACAAGAAGGCAUGCUGAUUUGUUUUCGAUGGCAUAUUUUGCGAUUCUAGAUUAGCUUUGAUUUAGGGUUUGCUGCCACAAGACGUCAUUUCUUAUAGUUUACUCAUGAGCAUGUAUUGUGUACAAUGAUGUCCUUUUUAUUGAACGUUUACUCCAAAACUGGACACACUAAGACAUAACAGUGUUUGUAACUGCCAGUAAACGACAUAAAGGAAUCCCCAAUUUUGUGGCGGGGUGUCAAAGAAGCAAGAAUAUUUCAAAAGGAGCGUUCAAAGCAUGGAUUUAUUCUGUAGGUGCAUAUACUAUAUGACUUAUUUCAGAAGCCUUCUCGUCCACACACACAAACAUCUUGUCUGUGGUUCAUAAAUUCGUUUUUAAUGAAGAAUGAGGAAUAGCCCGAAGGUACCUUCUGCCUCGGGAAGGAAAGCUAUCGGAGCCAAAUAGUGAAGGCGAGAUGGUGCAGGCGUUGGAAAAAAAAAGCACCUUUUAUUUCAAGGUUCCUGUAUCAUGUUUACAGCUUUCUGCCUGUUUAAUUUAUUUAUGUCUAUAAGGUUUUAGUGUCAAUGGAUUUGUGAGGUUUUUUUUCAAUUGCCACAAGUAGCAAAAAUGAAGUCCGAUUUUAAGACCGCAUGCAGUGGAGCCUGACAAAGAAAGAAGAGCUGGUCAUUAUGGCCGGGGACUUGUUCCAAAUUACAAAGCCCGACAAAACUUUUAUUCACUUCUUUUCCCUGACGAUUGUACAAUCUUUUUAGAAUUCUUUGAACACAUUUAUCCACCGUUUGACUUUUAACUCAAAUGAUACAUUGACAUAUCUAACAUACGUUUAAUAUAAUUACCGGUACCAAAAGUUUACAGUGCAUUUAUAAAUCAUUCACAAGUACAAAACCCGCUCACAGAAGUCGACAAAUUGUCAUUAACUUUCUGUUUUUAGAAAAUAACAACAGUGGCAUUCCCCCUUUUCAUGCACCCCAUAACCUGAUAACAUGAGAAGCCGUCCACUGCGGUAACCACUAUCCCUGAAAGGGUUCAUAUAAACGAGACCUUAAUUUUCUUGGAUACAGCGCUAAAAAUCAGAUGUAAAGUUACAGUUGUUUUUAUGCAUUAUGUUGCGUUUUAGAAAACAAUCUUUCGUUCAAUUUGUCAAAAGUAGAAUAACGUUUGUUUGUUGUUGUUCCCAAAGCUAUAAAUGUUUGAAUCAUCCUCAUCGUUGUCAUUCGAGAUGAUCCAGAAUGCGUCUAAAUCAGUGUAGAACACCUUUAUAAAUAAUCCUUAUGGGGUAUUUCAAAAGAAUCUAGCACAUUUUUAUACCAAGAUCUAAAUGUGCUUUUCUUAUCUUGUUGAGAGGAUGAGAAAUUGCAGUUUAGCAGUGUAGCAUCUUUUUAACGAGAGCUCAAGUAACACUGCAAGUUGCACAUUUUGAUUGAUUGGAUGAACACGGCUUAUCGUCGUGGGAAUUCAAGUUGUGUUGGACGAGCAAGCAUGUGUGAGCAUCGCUCAUGUGAGACAUUUCAUGCAGCUUGCCGCUGAAAUGUCAUUAUCGAUUUCAACCAAAAAGGAAUUCUGCCCUCCAAAUGCAAGCCCAUUUUUAAAGACUUUCAGUCAGCGAGAACAAUAGGAACAGGAUGCGCCCGUUGCGUCAUCUUAACUUUUCACUCUUCAUCUUUAUAUUCAGUAUUUAUAAUAUCUGUGUUGGGUUUGAAUAGCCAAGUCUUUUUAUUUAGUUUUUUUUUAGUUUUCAGGUGGUCGAUUGUGACUUUCGGCACACUUCCCCAUUGGCCUAAUGUCCGUAACAUAUCCCACCAGAAGUUGUUAUCAUGAGAAUUUAGUAGCAUUUAUUAGAAACGAAAAAAUGCACUGAAGUAAACAUUAAUUAGAUUUUUUUUAAACUGAAAAUCAUCCCGAUUAUGGUCAAUUCUAGUAUUUUCUUGCCAUCUUUGUGGAAAUUUUUUUUGUUUGUUUUUUAAACAAGAGUGCAUUUAUGAACAUUUGGUCACAUGAAUACCGGUAGUUCCACAGAGUUGCAUGUUAUAAGAUUAACAUGGCUAAUGUUUGACAACAUGACUAUGUUUCUUUUACCCAAUGAAAUACAAUUGUGCUAAAACAGUUGAGCAUCAUUUUUAGGGUAAAAAUCAUUUGUUUAUUAUUUGAAAUAUUUUGAGCACAAGGUUUGCGUAUUUGUUCAUUCAUAUUAUUAUUAUGUUAGCUCAUUUAUUGCAUGUCCUCAAUUGACUCCUAAACAUGUAUUACACCCCCGUUUCAGCCACAAGAUCAGGAUUUUGUGGCUUUAUCAUGUUUAACGAAUCCACCUCCAAGAUUAGGUAGCGACAAGCACUGAAGCAUUGUUAGUGCUCCUUUAAUGCUGCUUCUGUCGCUCUUGACCAGUGGGACCACUUGCUAAUGUCUCAUUAACAACGGGGUUUAUAAUCUUAAAUGUUGUGUUUGGUAUUUUGUUAGCUUUGCUUUUGUAGCUGUUGUCAGUGAUCUCUCCCGCUUCUUCAGCCAAUGAAUUAAAAAGAAGCCCUCCUGUCCCCCUCACACACACACACGCACACACACACACACACACACACACACAAACUUUAUUUCCUGCAAUAUGUGAUGUAUCUGAUUCGCAGCAUAUAGCAAAUCAUCUUUCCCGUGCCAAACAAAUGUGCCAGACGCUGUAGUUUUUCCAUUCAUCUCUGCUGCCAUGAAGCACACCCGCUGCAGACCACGUAACAACACACAAUCAUUGUUUCCUUACUAGCUCGUAACACACAGGCGCCAUACAAACACCGUAAAGUACCCGGUGCUUCCAUUUGUCUCCUGACUAGCCAGGCUGACUUUGGUCUGAAUACAUGUUCUUCAGUUUGAAUUGAAACAUCUCUGCAUGGCAUUCAGUAAAAACUGGGGUGACCAUGUUGGCCAAUGAUCAUUGAGUUGACCAAUGUCACAUUUAGUUUAAUGAAUAAUUUGACAUCAUAUAAUGAGAAGUGAUAAGUCAUUUUAAUUGACUUUUAUUGGACAAUAAAUCACAUUUGUGAAGAAUUGUCCAAUGUUGGCCAUCAACUUUCCUAUAACUCUUUCAAUCCCUUCCACCGCAAACGUCUUGAACGAAACAAUUGCAUACCUGACAUGAACCUGCAUACCAUCACAAUGCAACGAAAGCUAUAUAUUUGUCUUAUGUUUUGAGUUUUUCUUACAAAGACAUUUUUUUAAUUUAUUUUAAAAAUGUAGUAUGGAUAUAAAUUCAUUCCCGUGAUUGGACAGUGAUGUCAAUUGGCGGCAGGAGAAUUGUCAAAUGAAUGUAAAUAUAUUCAAGAACAUAUUAAAAGCUUUUUUCUGGACAAAAUGACAAAUGAAGCUUCUGAUAAGUGAUAGAAUAAACUAAAACACCAAGAAAAGGUGGUACGUCUGUUAAAUUGUUUUUUUUGUUGGUUUUUUUUUGCAUAGUUGCAUUGUUGAAUCUCAUUUUAAAUCUCUUGCUCCUCGUCAACCCCCCCCCCCCCCGGUCUCCAUGUCUUUUUUUAUCGUCUCUCCUCACUAGCUGGGGCAACUUUAUCCAUCAUCUUAUUGACACCCUUCACACAUACCACCUCUUCGGAUUUUUUUGAAGUCUUUAAUUUAAACACACACACACACACACACAUAUCCCGCAUGAAGGUUGUCAGCAACUCAAAAUUUUCUGUCUGUUAUAAUUCCCAGAAAAAUAUGUUAUGUUGGUGUUUUACAUUGUUUACAUUUAAAUCUUUUUUUUCGUCAUUUUUUUUUUAAUUAUGGCCAGAUACUAAUCAAGACAUCUUACUUGUCAAGUAUGAGUGAAUGGGUUUGUUUUCUUUUUUAGACUCCUGCUCCUGUAGGUACACGCUAAGGCUUUCGAUAAAUCCUGUGGUCCCUUCAUAGAAGUUAGUCAGUGCCAGUUAAGAGAAUUGAAGGACGUGUUAUCUUUUUGAAUGAGGGCAGAAAUGCUUUAUUGCCAAAGUCAUCACAAGUCUCUUACUGUCCUUGUACAUUAUCUACUUGCAGUAGAUGCCUACGUAGACAAUAAAUGAAGGAUUACCUUGUA